AGAAGAGCGUCGGCAUCGAACGGACGCAGCGCGAAGCGACAUCUCGAGUCGAGUCCGAAGCUCCGCGUAUCACGGGGCGGGAAUUUAAAUGACCGUCGCGUAAACUUUCCCGCCAAGUGCCGCGAAAAGUCGUAAAUUAAAAGCUGAUUGAUUUCCAAUCGAUCCGUAAUCGGCGGUCCGUCGCUCGUGUUUUCUUUUUUUCAGUGAAUAAUUGUGCGAGUUUGUCUUCGUUGUUCCGAGUCAUCGAAGAGCCUCGAUGUGAAUCAAACCCUGGGAAUUUAUACAACGCAACCUCCUUUUCAACCCGGAAAAUCAUCCCCUACAUUCGACUUGGUGAAGAGGAGUUACAGUCGGAGUCAUGUUGGAGCCCAGAUCCGAGGCGGAUGGUCGCCUCUGCCUACGAUGAGGACCUUCGAGGCCUGGGGGUAAUGGCUGAAUCUCAGCUUGGCGGCAAGAUGAAACUUGCACCUGAGCUUCGCGACGUCCUGAUCCUGAUUCUAGGCCUCCUCUUUAUCGGGCGGGUCCCUGAAUCCCUGGCCCUAGACCUCGGGCAAUGUACCGUGGCCCUGGGGAUGGAAAAUGGGGAAAUUCCUGACGACGACAUCACGGCAAGUUCGAUGUACGAUCCAAGCCUCGGACCGAAGCACGCAAGACUGCGCCAGGACAAAGGUGGCGGCGCUUGGUGUCCCCGAAACAUGGUGACCAAGGAAGGCAAGGAGUACCUCGAGAUCAAUCUCCACACCACCAGGGUUCUAACCUCGGCCCGGACUCAGGGAAGGUUUGGAAACGGUCACGGAGUCGAAUACACCGAGGAGUAUUUCGUCGAGUAUUGGCGCAACGGGUUCACCAAGUGGACGAGGUGGAGAAACCGGCGAGGAAUGGACCUGCUCGUCGGUAACAACAAUCCCUACACAGAGAAGGAGCAGACGUUCGACCCACCGAUAGUGGCUACAAGAAUACGUUUCAUCCCCUACACGUCCCACAUGAGGAUAGUCUGUAUGCGAGUUGAACUUUACGGCUGUCCCUGGACCGAAGGCCUCGUCUCCUACUCUAUGCCUCAGGGAAUUCAACGAGGAUCCGAGGUCGAUCUUUCAGACAGAACCUACGACGGCCGCGAGGAGGGUGGACACCUCUCAAGGGGCUUGGGCCAACUCGUUGACGGCCGUAAGGGCGCCGACAAUUUUCGUCUGGACGUCAGUGGCAAUGGGAAGGGAUACGAGUGGGUCGGAUGGCGCAACGACACCCCAAACAUGAUUGGUCAUCCGGUUGAAAUAACAUUCGAAUUCGACUACGCGAGGAACUUCACCGCUAUGCAUCUCCACACGAAUAACCUCUUCUCCAAGGACGUACAGGUCUUCUCGCACGCCAAGGUCUACCUCAGCGGCGGUGCGGGAAGUCAGUUCAACGGCGAGCCGGUCCAUUUCUCCUACAUGCCGGACCUCGUCUUAGAACAGGCUCGUGACGUCACCAUAAAGCUCCACUCGCGGGCCGGUCGGUACCUCAAACUUCAGCUGUACUUUGCCGCCAAAUGGAUAAUGCUCAGUGAAGUCGUCUUCGAGUCUGUCAUCUCCGAGUGGAACAACACCGACGACGAUGACGCAAGGAACCGUAGCACCAUCGUCAUCCCCGGAGCGACGGGAAGUCCGUAUCAAAACAACGAGGGUCCGCUUCAGAGGGACGAAGUCAAAGCCACCUUCAACAACAACAACGACGCCACACGGAGUGACAAUAUCUUUCCAGACAAGAGUAAAGAGCCGGAAUCCCGGCAGCUUAUCGGUCUUGUGAUCGGCAUACUGACGACGGUCAUCGUCAUGCUGUUGGCUGCCAUCACCUUCAUAUUCUACCGCAACCAGAGACUCAAGGCGACAUUGUCACCGCCGACCUUCUACGACCAACAUAACGAGCACCAGCAUCCCGAGACCAAGGUCUGCGUCGAGGAUACGGCCCAAGGAACGGAAGAAGCCCCGGAAGACAAGGGUCCGAUCUGUCCCCCACUUCCGCCGCAGUACCAUUCCGCAGUCUACAAAACGUCACAGCCUCGGAAGACCUGCCUGGACUAUGAUCCCGAGGGACUCACGGAAAUACAGCAGCCGGUGAUCCCGCUGCUGAUGAACGCCGCAAUCAAUAUUUCAAGGCCGAUUCCACCUGUCGACGAGUACCAGUCUGAUCCACCGCCGAUACCACCGCCGCCUGAAAAGUACUACGCAAGCACGGAAAUACUGAAGAGCCCCCUACCACCCCUCCCACCAUCCCCUACGCCCCCGCCAAGCGCCAAAGCAUCGAGCAGCAUGACGAGCUACAGUCCGGAGGACAUGCUGACCGAGGAGGAGGACGAGGAACUCGGGAUAUUCGACUUCCCCAGGGAGCGGCUCAGCAUCGUUGAGAACCUCGGGAACGGCGCCUUCGGCGAAAUUCACCUCUGCGAGGUCGACAGGUUCCCGGGGUUCGACGACGUCUUCAGGUCAGCUGGCAGCCACCUCGUUGUCGUCAAGUCCCUUCGGCCUGGCUCCUCCGAGACUCUCAGGGUAGAAUUCCAAGAGGAAGCAAAGCGACUGGCGCGUCUCUCCGACUGGAACGUUUUUCGAUUGCUCGGUGCCAGCCUCGAGGACGAUCCGAUGUGCAUAGUCCUCGAGUACGGAGAAUUCGGCGACCUGAAUCAAUACCUGCAGAGUCACAUAGCCGAAACGUCGAGCGUUCAGACCGCCAAAACGCUGAGCUUCGGUACCCUGAUGUACAUGGCCACCCAGAUUGCAUCUGGCAUGAAGUAUCUUGAGGAGAUGGAUUUCGUUCACAGGGAUCUCGCCACAAGGAAUUGCCUCGUCAAUCGAGGCCAUGGUAUCAAGGUUUCCGACUUGGGACCAGGACGGAGACUCUACGCUGCAGACUACUUCCGGAUCGACGAUCGGCCACCUUUACCCAUCCGCUGGAUGGCCUGGGAGUCGAUACUCCUGGGGAAAUACACGUCGAAGAGCGACGUCUGGGCGUUCGCCGUUACACUUUGGGAGGUCCUCACCUUCGCAAGGGAACAGCCAUUCGAGGAGUUGCCCGAUUACCGCGUCGUCGAGAACGCGACCCUCUUCUGCCAGGACAACGAGAGGCGGUUCGUCCUACUUCCGCUGCCAAAAAACUGCCCCAAGGAGAUUUACGAGCUGAUGCGCGAGUGCUGGCAGCGUGGUGAAAACGACAGGCCAACCUUCCGUGAGAUCCACUUAUUCCUGCAGCGUAAGAACCUCGGUUACAGGCCGAACAACAACGUCACCUGAUACAGAGAGCUGGAAGGCUGGAACCUGAUUCGGCUUUCGAUGAUCGGAGAACUAAACGGCAACUGGAUGCAGUGGGGAUACCCUAACAAUUACCCCUAAGCUCUUAAAGGGGUCAAGACUGGACCAAUACCUUGUAUCCUAUCCCCGUAAACAAUAUUCACCCCCUGAUGAUAUACGUCGAGUCGAUAGAGAUCGUCUGCCGUCGCAAGAUUUUACAGGGUGAAUUUCUGACGACCGAACGGCUCGGUAUCCGUUAAAACGUAACGCGCAUGCGCUGAAAUUCAAGAGCGCGGUUGCUUGCCAGGUUGACCAACCGUCGCGAACUUAACCUCAAAAAUUUUCACAACUGUCGGUGCUGAGCGCGACUGUGAAAAAAUUUUUGAGACUACGUUCUCAACCGUUGGUCAACCUGGCAAACAAUUGCUAUCUGAAAUUUCAGCGCAUGCGCGUUUGAUUUUAACAGACGCCGGACUAUUCGAUCGUUAGCUAUUCACUUUGUGGAUUAUAGCGUAUACGGAGAGAUGCUCGAGGAUCUAUAAUGUUGUUCCUUAGUUUUUACUCUUCCUUCGAUUAUCCCGCGCAGAAUUAUCUGAGCCAGAAAAGCCACAAAAAAUACACACCUGAUUCACGCGAUUAAAAAGUUCGAUAAAUGCGGUCAUGCAAGCCGGUCGUUUUCUCCGUCUGCAGACGUGAUGAACACCGUUAUUAACCUCAUUAUUGUUAUUAUUAUUAUUGGUAUAUCAUUCA